AUGGGGAGGCCUCCUUGUUGUGACAAAGUUGGCAUCAAGAAAGGUCCAUGGACACCUGAGGAGGAUAUCAUCCUUGUCUCAUACAUCCAAGAACAUGGUCCAGGAAAUUGGAGAUCAGUUCCUACUAAUACAGGGUUGUCAAGGUGCAGCAAAAGUUGCAGGCUUAGAUGGACAAAUUACCUCAGGCCAGGAAUCAAGAGAGGAAACUUCACUCCCCAUGAGGAAGGAAUGAUAAUUCAUCUGCAAGCUCUACUGGGUAACAAAUGGGCAGCCAUAGCUUCGUAUCUUCCACAAAGAACAGAUAAUGAUAUCAAGAAUUAUUGGAACACCCAUCUAAAGAAGAAGCUGAAGAAAUUUCAAGCUGCCUUAGAUCCCCACUCGGCAUCAGACUCAACAACCAGUGGUCAGUAUCUACCAAAGAGCUUUAAUGACAGAAGAAGUUUAGACAUCAGCAGCAACAAUGACCAUGCCUCGUCCAUUAGGCUUAGUCAGUCUCAAUCCUCCACAUAUGCCUCAAGCACUGAGAACAUCUCAAGGCUCUUGGAAGGUUGGAUGAGAUCUUCCCCAAAGCCACUCAAGAGAUCCCAAGAUGAAGAGCUCCAAAGCAUUGAUGAUGAUAAUAACAACAACAACUUUGAAAGCACUAAUAAGCUAGUGAAGUGUGCAUCACUGCCUGCUUUGAACAUUCAUCAUCACCACAAAAGAAACAAAGAUGAUCAAGAGGGUGGUGUAGACAUAGUUUCUCAUGAAGAGUUUGAUUCUAUUUUGUCCUUUGAGAACCUAAACAAUGCUGCUUGGGACAGGUCCACAUGUGAUUCCGUGCCUGAGAAGAGUUUUGAAGCUGCUGCCGAAUCUUCCCAUGAAGAGCGGAUUAGGCAAAAAUCUGAGAACAACAGUGCUCCUCCAUUGUCAUUUCUUGAGAAGUGGCUCUUGGAUGAAAGCGUUGGUCAAGUGGAGGAGAUGAUGGAAUUAUCUCCAAUGUUCUGA